AUGCCCGGUCUCGUCACAGCAACCGGAGUCCUGGGUUUCCUCUCCGACGAGGAGCCCGAGCUCAAGGUCUUUGCCCUUCAGACCCUCAACGAUGACAUCGACACUGUCUGGACGGAGGUCGCUGGUGCCUUGAGUCAAAUCGAGGCACUGUACGAAGAUGAAUCCUUCCCUGAGCGCCAUCUGGCCGCCCUCGUCCUCGCAAAGGUCUACUAUCACCUCCAGGCCUACAACGAGAGCAUGACCUUUGCCCUCGCCGCCGGCCCCCUGUUCAAGCUUGACAACCCCGCCGAGUUCGAGGAGACCAUCAUCUCCAAGUGCAUUGACCAGUACAUCGCCAUUUCGUCCUCGAGCCACGUACCCCCAAAGCACUCCGCAAACGACUCCCUGCCAGCCCUCGAGACCACUUUUGGCGCCACGCUCCCCGAUGGGGGCUCCCUGGUUUCCCCUACGACCCCUUUCUCUCAGUCCGCGCUCCCCUCCAAGUCGCUCCUCUCGCGCGACUCGGCCGACAAUGCCAUCCUCGACCCCUCCCUGGGCGCAGGCAAGAUGGGGAGAUCAAGCUCUAUAGCUACCCUGCCUGACAAGAGCUCCGAGCUCGCCCUGCAGCGCGUCAUCGACCGCCUGUUCGAGGCUUGCCUGAAGGAAGGGCGCUACAGGCAGGUUGUUGGCAUCGCUGUCGAAGCCAAGAAUCUUUCCAUCCUCCGCAGAGUCAUCAAGCAAGCCAGCGAAGAUGAGAAACGGUCCAAGGCCAAGUCUCAGGACUCUUCCCAGGGGCCUGCUGAGGAGUUGAUGGACUAUGCGCUGGGCAUCUGCAUGGACAUCGUGCAGGAACGGAGCCUGCGCACCGAGAUACUGGGCCUGAUCCUCGAGCUGCUUAACGACAUACCGAACCCUGAUUACUUUUCAAUCGCCAAAUGCGUCGUCUACUUAGACUCCGAUGAGGACGCUUCCAAGAUGUUGAAGCAGCUCAUUGAGAAGGGAGACCCAAACUCAGUGGCAAAUGCAUACCAGAUCGCCUUUGACCUCUACGACAACGGCACGCAGGAGUUUCUGGGUAAGAUACUGGAUGCAUUGCCAUCGGGGGAGCCUCAGCCGAAACCGCAGCCAGAGGAUGGCGGCGAACAGCCAGCUGAGAGCGAGCCUCUGCUCAAUGACCAGGAGCAUUCCCAGCAGGACGAGCUUCCGGAGGAGGCGGCCAAGGUGUACAAGAACAUACGCGGGAUCUUGGAUGGUAGCAAGGCCAUCAAGCUCAACCUCGAGUUCCUGUACCGGAACAACCACACCGAUCUGAGCAUACUCAACAAGGUCCGAGACAGCCUUGAAGCCCGCAACUCCAUCUUCCACACCGCCGUCACUUUCUGCAAUGCCUUCAUGAAUGCUGGUACGACACACGACAAAUUCUUCCGUGACAACCUUGAAUGGCUCGGAAAAGCUGUCAACUGGUCCAAGUUCACCGCAACAGCCGCCCUUGGUGUCAUACACCGUGGCAACCUGACACAGUCGCGAAAGCUACUCGAACCCUACCUUCCGAGGCCGACCGGUAUCAACAGCGGCUCGAUAUAUAGCCAGGGAGGUGCGUUGUAUGCCUACGGGCUGAUACACGCCAAUCAUGGCGCCGGCGCGCUCGAAUAUCUCCGCGACCAGUUCACGGCUGCUGAGCAAGAAGUCAUCCAGCACGGUGGCGCUCUUGGCCUCGGUAUUGCGGGCAUGGCCACAGGCUCCGAGCCAAUUUUCGAGAACCUCAAAGAUGUGCUCUUUGCUGACUCGGCACUCAACGGCGAGGCUGUCGGUCUGUCAAUGGGUCUGAUCAUGCUGGGCACUGGCAACGCCAAUGCCUUGCAGGUCAUGUACACAUACGCCCACGACACGACCCACGAGAAAAUUGUCCGCGGCUGCGCCAUCGGCAUGGCUCUGAUUAUGUACGGGCGCCAGGAGGGGGCCGACGUGAUGAUUGAAGGGCUCCUCAACGACCCUGACCCGACCCUUCGCUACGGUGGCGUUCUCACCAUCGCCAUGGCCUACUGUGGCACAGGCAGCAACAAGGCAAUCCGCAAGCUGCUGCACACUGCUGUUAGCGACGUCAACGAUGACGUCCGCCGCAUUGCCGUCAUGUCACUGGGCUUCAUUCUCUUCCGAAAGCCAGGCAGCGUCCCUCGCAUGGUUGAGCUUCUCUCCGAAUCUUACAAUCCUCACGUCCGGUAUGGCUCUGCAAUGGCUCUGGGUAUCUCUUGCGCGGGUACCGGAUUAGACGAGGCUAUUGAUCUUCUGGAGCCCAUGAUGAAGGAUCCAACUGAUUUCGUCCGUCAGGGUGCCUUGAUCUCCCUUGCCAUGAUCAUGGUUCAGCAGAACGAGGUCAUGAACCCCAAGGUUGCCUCAAUCCGUAAGACACUGAAGAAGGUCGUUGGCGACCGUCAUGAGGACGCCAUGACGAAGUUCGGCGCAUCUCUUGCCCUGGGCAUCAUUGAUGCUGGAGGCCGCAACUGCUCCAUUGGCUUGCAAACACAGACCGGCAAUCUCAAUAUGCCGGGUAUCGUCGGAAUGGCCAUCUUCACUCAAUAUUGGUAUUGGUUCCCCUUCACCCACUUCCUUUCUCUCGCCUUCGUUCCUACCUCGGUCAUUGGCCUGGACCACGAGCUCGAAAUUCCCAGCUUCAAGUUCCACUGCGCGACACGGCCGAGCCUCUUUGACUACCCUCCAGAGCAGGAGGUCAAGGCUGAAGAGGGUCCUGCACUGGUGACUGCUGCUGUGCUUUCUACCACAGCGCAGGCGAAACGACGUGCGCAGAAGAAGGAGAAGGCUGCUCGUCGUGAGAGCAUGGAUAUCGACUCGACCCCGACCACGGCCAAGGCGGCCGGCCCCUCCGGAGACAAGAUGGACAUUGACGACGACAAGAGUAGGAAAGUUGGCGACGAGUCCAAGGAUAAGAGGGAGGGCGAGGGAGAGAAGGAGGCGUCCGCGACGCCCGACCCGAAGAAGAAGGUCGAGAAGGAGAAGGUUGGCUACGAGAUCGAGAACAUGUCACGUGUGCUCCCCGGUCAGCUGAAGUACAUAAGCUUCCCAGCUGGGCGGUACAAGCCGGUAAAGAAGCCAACUGGUGGGCCGCUCUUACUCCAAGACUCCCAGCCUGGCGAGCCCAAGGUCCUCGUCGAGGAGAAGCUUAAGAAGGUCGAGACCCAACGGGCCCCUGUGGCGGGCCAGCCCACUGGCAGCGGUGCUGGCGGUCUUGGUGGCCUCGGAGCGGGCAGGUCUGGUCGCUCCGCUAUGAUGAGUGACGGCGACGAUGCCUUGGCCGAGGCUCUCCGGGCAGCCAUGCGGGAUGGUGCGGGCGGCGGCGCAGCGCUCAACGAGAUGCUGCGUCAGUCGGCUCAGGCGCGUGGGCUGGAUCUCUUCGGGGAUGGCGCUGGUGUUGGCGGGGCUGGCCAGGGCGGUGCAGCUGCAGCGGCGGGCGUGUUGACGGCUGUCGAUGAGGACGAGGACGGCGCCGAGGAGGCGCAGGUCCCUGGCGAGUUCGACUACUUCACUGAUAAUGAGGACGAGGAGGAACUGUAA